UUGGGGCGGAAGCGGCGCCAUUACACUGCGUUUUAUAAACGUGCGCGGCGGCGAGUUUCGCUCUGCGGACAAAAACCGAAUAAAAGCGGAAUAAAGGAGAAUAAAGGAGGAUUUAGAGCCGAAAUCAUGAGUCUUCUGAACAAGCCGAAGUCCGAGAUGACUCCUGAGGAGCUCCAGAAGCGAGAGGAGGAGGAGUUCAACACCGGGCCGCUGUCCGUCCUCACACAGUCCGUCAAGAACAACACGCAGGUCCUCAUCAACUGCCGCAACAACAAGAAGCUGCUGGGCCGAGUGAAGGCGUUCGACAGGCACUGUAACAUGGUUCUGGAGAACGUGAAGGAGAUGUGGACGGAGGUUCCCAAGAGCGGCAAAGGCAAGAAGAAGUCCAAACCGGUCAAUAAGGAUCGCUACAUCUCCAAGAUGUUCCUGAGAGGAGACUCGGUCAUCGUGGUUCUGAGGAACCCUCUCAUCACCGGCAAAUAGACUGUCCACCUUUAUGCUGCGACACCAGGCAAUCUGAGGUUCUAGAGGAACAGAGGAACCGAUACAUCAUAUUAACAUGAUACUACGGUGUUGAUGAAGCUCAGUGGUUCGGAUGUGGGAGAUCAGGAUUGCCUGCGGUGGACUGGCUGUAACGGUGCUGUUGUUUUGGAGGUGUUUAGUGGUUUAGUGAUUGGGGGGUCAACUGUGUGAGAUUGUUUUUGUUUUUGUUUUGUUUUUUGUUUAUUUAGGAGACUUUGAUAUGACUUCAGAAUAAAGUUUUGUACUCACAAAAAAA